CUCCGAUCCGUCGCGCGCGCCCCUGUCCGCUCUCGUCACCGCUCGUCCGCCACCGUUUUCAUCCGCGUGUCCGCCGCCCGGUUUCGUCGUCACAACAAACGGGCGCGCACACGCACGCAGUCAGUCUCGCGCGCACGCCGUACCGUACCGGUUCGCGUUCCGUCCGAAGCGUAUUCGUUUUUUUUUUUCUUUUUUCUCUUCCAAUUUUCUCGUUCUUUCCCCGUCGUCCACAGCCGCCGAAGAGAAACCUCCGUGCCGUUUUCAGGGUUUCACAUAUCUCCACGUCCAGGUUUUAAUCGCUCUGUCUUUCGAAUUGGUUUAUGUUGAUCGGUAAGAAGAUAUAAAAGAAUCCAAGAGUAUUAACCAUGUUGAAACACGUGCACCGAGCAAAAUGUGCCGAUACACUUAGCAUUGUGUCUACGGCAAGUUCUUUCAAUCAAGAAUCAAUGUCGAGUAGAUGUUCAAGUAUAUCUUCGUUGAACAUAACAAAUCCUGUAGAAACAAUCAAAGUUUAUACAAAAUGUUUGCGUUCCGACCUCGAGUAUAAAACACUUGGCCUAUCUUAUACGACAACUUGCAGUGAAGUUAUUUCCAUUUUACUCAGUAAAUAUCGAAUGCGCCACAGAGACCCAAAUCUGUUUUACAUGACCAUGGAAAUAAACUUAAGGAAAAUAGGACUCAGAACUGUAUUCGUCUUGGAUAACGAAUCUUGUCCCGCGGUAUUACAGUCCUGUCAACCCAAAGGAGAAUCGAGAUUUUGUUUGCAAUCAAAAAAAGGUGGUCUUGUGAAAAUUUAUGACAGUGAAUUGAUGCCAGGAUCCAAGUAUAAAAGCUUAUUGAUUUCUGAACGAACUACAGUCGAUGAGUUGAUCAGAAUAUUACUCAACUGCUAUAAUAGCAAAGAGGAAGUUGAACAGUUUUCUGUGUACGAGGUAUCAAAAUCUGAAGAAUAUCAACGCAAACUUCAUCACGAUGACAUGCCAUUGAAUGUGCAAUACUGUUGGCCCCAUGGCAGUGAUUUCAUUUUCCUGCUUAAAAGGAAUCCAAAUUACAAGUCAAAACAAGUUCAGACUAUUUGGACCGAUCACCACAAAGAAGAACGUAUAAUGAACGACUAUGAAAAUUUUAUUUACAUAUAG